CGGAAUCAUCAACUAAGAUAACCGCACCGAUUCAUUCCUUAAAAUCAUCGAACCUUGAGCGCUCGAGGGUAUUGAUAUAUAUAUUAGAUUUUGAUUCAUGAUGAGGUCUGCCUGGAAGUGCUGACAAUCUAUAAUCGCCUUCCUAUUUAGGUUGUCUGACGAAGAAGGAUCCUCUAGCGCUGACGUACCAGUGCUCCUGCAUGACUCAUCAACCCACUCAUCUCGAUUUUGUUUCGUCAACCACAACACAUUUCCAUACCCCUCAAGAUCAAGUAACACCUUGGCAUUCUCUAUCAUCUCAGUUUCGAAUCUCCUUGAGUCCUCAAGAUGCUCGACUUCAACUUCCACCUGACCACCCCACGACUCUACAUUUCUUAUCUCGAUCCCUCCAAGGAGGCACAUUGCGAAUUCAUGUACGCAUUAGUUAACACCCCACAAAUGGUGAAGGAAUAUCGAGGCAAGCGAGACCCACUGCAAAACCGGGAAGCUGGACGCAAAUUCAUCCAGGAUGGCGUUGACAAAUUAGAGAGGAGUGGCUAUGGGCGCUAUCUGAUUUCGUUGAAACCAAAUAACAUCGACGAAGAAGGGUCCGAAAAGGCAAAAUAUGCGCUUCCAUUCUCUAAGGGAGAACAAGAGCUCGUAGGGAUUGUGACAAUGCAACUUGAUCGUUUCCCCGGGGCGCCUACGAUCCCGGACAUUGGCUUCGGACUGUUCGAAAAAUACCAAGGCCGUGGGUACGCUACGGAGGCUGCACAAGGUUUAAUGAAGUACUUUGAGGAAGAGCGAGGGCAGUUUGUAUUCUCUGGAUAUUGUAGCCCAGAUAAUGAGGCAAGUAAGAGUGUUUUACGGAAUCUUGGGUUUGAAGAGAGAGGCGUGAGAUCGAUACUGGGGAUAUUUGGAGAAGGCGAGGAGACAGCUUUAACAGCAUUGGUGUGGACAAAGGGAGUGGCUGAGGAUGAAAGUGAGCUGAAGAGAUGGGGCCUCUGAUAAAUCGAAAGAAGAAUACAGAAUGGUCUAUUCAGGCCUUAAGUGAGAUUAACGACAUAAUCUUAGAAUGCGUACGCAUGCUUUGAUGGAGUCAACCGAACAAUUCAGUUGAAGGGGCUGUCACUCGCGGCUCUUCAAGUCCGACAUCAUGUGACAGCGCGUUCGCCGGGUAACGACAACGGCGGUGUUUUCGACAACACGCAACU